ACCACGUUUACCUUUGACUUCGGAGAGGAGUUCUUCCGGGUUCCACCCUCCCACAAAAUGGCAGCGUCUGAAGAAGAGUUACUGUUGCCACGGCUUCCGGAGCUGUUUGAAACCUGCAAGCAACUUCUCGAGGACGUGGAUGUAGCGACUGAACCCACCGGUUCCCGAAUAAUCCAGGACAAGGUGUUCAAAGGACUGGAUCUCCUGGAGAAGGCUUCCGAAAUGUUAUCGCAACUCGAUUUGUUCAGCCGAAAUGAAGAUUUGGAAGAGAUUGCUUCCACCGACCUGAAGUACCUGAUGGUGCCAGCGUUUCAAGGAGCUCUCACCAUGAAGCAAGUCGAUCCCAGCAAGCGCCUUGAUCAUUUGCAGCGGGCUCGAGAACACUUUAUAAACUACUUAACUCAGUGUCAUUACUAUCAUGUGGCAGAGUUUCAGCUGCCCCAAAGCAAGAAUAACUCAGCAGAAAAUAACACUGCUAGUUCUUCCAUGGCCUAUCCAAAUCUGGUUGCUAUGGCAUCUCAAAGACAGGCUAAAAUAGAGAGAUACAAGCAGAAGAAGGAGGUGGAGCAUAGGUUGUCUGCGCUGAAAUCUGCUGUGGAAAGUGGUGACGCAGAUGAUGAGCGUGUUCGUGAAUAUCACCUCCUUCACCUUCGGAGGUGGAUUGGUAUCAGCUUAGAAGAGAUUGAGAGCAUUGACCAGGAAAUAAAGAUCCUGAGAGAUAAAGACUCUUCAAGAGAGGAAUCAACUUCUCACUCAUCUCUUCCAGAGAAGCCUCCAAUGAAACCCUUCAUACUCACUCGGAACAAGGCCCAAGCCAAAGUAUUUGGAGCCGGUUAUCCAAGUCUGGCAACUAUGACAGUGAGUGACUGGUACGAGCAGCAUCAGAAACACAGCGUAUUACCAAACCAGGGAAUAUCAGCUGAUUUCAGAAAAGUAGCUCAGCAACAGGAAGAUCAAGAACAAAAGGAGGAAGAGAAUGAUGAGAAAACACUCCACAGAGUACGUGAGUGGGAUGACUGGAAGGACACCCAUCCUAGAGGCUAUGGCAACCGGCAGAAUAUGGGCUAACCUCCCCUCAACACAGAAGGACAACGGGAUGCACACCUUUGCUGCCAGGGACAACCAUACUGCCUUCUCCUCCUGCUUCAGCUGGAUGCAGUGAAGGCAAAGUUGCAGAAUCUGCUUUGCAUUCAGUAGUGUCAAAUAAUUGUUUCCUUGUACACUUAGAUAAUGACUGGUGAUCUUAUCUUGGCUUUAUUAAUUCUUAUCAUGGUGUAUUCUGAUUUAAGUGGACAGAAAAGAACACUUAAGAAAUGGCUCUAUAUAAUCAAUGACAGUAUGACUUCUCUUUAAAAAAAAUAAAAUCCCUUCUAUUAAGUGAACUUA